AUGCAGUCCCCCCGCCCCCGCCUCUACGACAUAAUCGUAGUCCUCACCUGCGCCCUCUGCGUCUCCGGCGCAAUCAGCCUCCUAUCGCUACUCUACCUGAUCCCGCCCACGCCCUCAUCUGCUAAAAUCCCGGGCACCAACACAACAAUCACGAACCUCAAGCGGCUCAACAUCAGACCCGCGCGGCAACUCUGGACCGCUGAGAUGUUGGGCGAGCAGCCGGACGUGUGGGAUAGGAUUUGGGCAACGGUUGGGUUGGAUUUGGAGAAGUGA